UUGUUGCUUUCUGCUGUGAUGCCGUUCCCGAGGCCUGGCUCUACUCUAAGAAGCUGUAUUGGAUGUUUCGGUGAACACUCAGUUUCCAUGCGCGGCGACCUGCUUUGUGCCACUUGUCUCCUCUCGGCUUGAUGUCCCUGAUCUGACCUACUAAACCUUACAAGUACAACAGCGUUUGUGUGUCCUCACAUGCACUGCUUCCAAAACAAUCCUCCAAGUAAUCCAGGCUGAUUUUACCCUUCGAGAAAAACACAAAUUCCCCCGCUAUCCGCGAGUUUUACCUUUAAUAAAAGGGUUUUCUCUAUUACAGCUUUCAUAAGAGGUCAUAAGCGGGAUACUAAUCCCACUCCCUGCCUCCGCCUCUCCCUCUCUCUCUCUCUUCCCACUACUGCAUUGAUGCUGUUACCUCCCUCGGUGAUGAUGUCACUGGCUCAGUGGAGCUCGAGCAUCCUUGCCAAAGACAGGGAGACAACAGAGCCGUUUUGAUCGCUUCGGCCGAACAUUUCAAGCUGCCUUUCCGUUUUCCUUGAGUCCCCACUGGCAGUCACGGGUGGAGGAAGAGGAGGUGCAGGUACAAGGCACCAGCAGGCGGUGACCUCCUCAGCCCUUCAUGGAGAAGGGAAGCUGUUAGCAGGGGCAGUGCCAGACCUGGAGGAGAGCAGCGGAGGUGGUGGAGGUGUCCGCGGAGCUGGAUAAUAAAACAGACGAGCACGACAAAUAGAGCCAAUUCACGUUAUUGGCAUUGCCGAGACCUGCAGACCGGCAUUACAGAAAGCACCCCAAGGUGCUAAGAAGACAGCACCAUGGCAGGGGCCUCUGUGAAGGUGGCGGUGCGGGUCCGCCCCUUCAAUUCUAGGGAGAUUGAGAAAGAUAGCAAAUUGAUCAUUCAGAUGUCUGGAAACACCACUACCAUCAUCAACCCCAAGCAGGCCAAAGACAACAAGAGCUUCAACUUUGAUUACUCCUACUGGUCUCACACUUCGCCCGAAGAUGUCAAUUAUGCAUCUCAGAAGCAAGUGUACAAAGACAUCGGAGAGGAAAUGUUGCUUCAUGCCUUUGAAGGCUACAACGUCUGCAUCUUUGCAUAUGGUCAGACGGGUGCUGGCAAGUCCUACACCAUGAUGGGGAAACAGGAUGUGAAGGAUCAGCAAGGAAUUAUUCCCCUGCUAUGUGAAGACCUUUUUACAAAGAUCAAUUAUAAUACAGACAACAGCAUGUCCUAUUCUGUAGAGGUAAGCUACAUGGAAAUCUACUGUGAGCGUGUGCGGGACUUGCUGAACCCAAAAAACAAAGGGCACCUGCGUGUGCGAGAGCAUCCUCUAAUGGGACCUUAUGUGGAGGACCUGUCCAAGCUGGCUGUCACCUCCUACAAUGACAUCCAGGACCUGAUGGAUUCUGGCAACAAGGCUAGGACUGUGGCUGCCACCAACAUGAAUGAGACAAGCAGUCGCUCGCACGCCGUCUUCAACAUCAUAUUCACCCAGAAACGCCACGACACAGAGAUGGAUAACACCACCGAGAAGGUCAGUAAAAUCAGUUUGGUGGAUUUGGCUGGCAGUGAGAGGGCCGAUUCUACCGGAGCCAAAGGGACCAGGCUAAAGGAAGGAGCAAAUAUCAACAAAUCUCUAACCACACUGGGGAAAGUCAUCUCUGCUUUGGCAGAAGUGGACUCUGGGCCGAAUAAGAAUAAAAAGAAGAAAAAGGCAGAAAGCUUCAUUCCAUACCGAGAUUCAGUUUUGACUUGGCUACUGAGAGAAAAUUUGGGGGGAAAUUCUCGAACUGCGAUGGUUGCUGCUCUGAGUCCAGCUGAUAUCAACUACGAUGAGACCCUCAGCACGCUCAGGUAUGCUGACCGUGCCAAACAGAUUCGCUGUAACGCUGUCAUCAACGAGGAUCCCAACAACCGAUUGGUGCGUGAGCUGAAAGAGGAGGUGUCUCGCCUGAAAGAGCUCCUCUUUGCUCAGGGCCUGGGUGACAUCAUUGAGACAUAUCGAGCGUCUGGUGCUGAUAUCGAGGGUUUGAAAUUGACCAAUGCCAUGACGGGGAUGAGCCCCUCUCCAUCUCUCUCAGCCUUGUCCAGUCGGGCCGGAUCUAUUGCCAGUCUGCACGAUCGCAUCAUGUUCAGCCCAGGCAGCGGGGAGGCCAUCGAGAGGCUGAAGGAAACAGAGAAAAUCAUCGCUGAGCUCAAUGAGACCUGGGAAGAGAAACUUCGCAGAACAGAAGCCAUUAGAAUGGAAAGAGAGGCCCUGCUGGCCGAAAUGGGUGUAGCAAUGCGAGAAGAUGGCGGAACAGUUGGUGUGUUCUCUCCAAAGAAGACGCCUCAUUUGGUGAACCUCAACGAGGACCCUCUGAUGUCUGAGUGCCUGCUGUACUACAUCAAAGACGGGAUCACCAGGGUCGGUCGUUUAGAUGCCAGCAGUCGUCAGGAUAUAGUCCUCAGUGGUCACUUCAUAAAAGACGAGCACUGCACCUUCACUAGUUCUACUGGCCCAAUGGGAGAAACAGUUGUCCUUGAGCCUUGUGAAGGAGCUGAGACAUACGUUAAUGGAAAGAGGGUGACAGAACCCACUGUUCUGAAAUCAGGAAAUCGCAUCAUCCUGGGGAAGAGCCACGUCUUCCGGUUUAACCACCCUGUACAGGCCCGGGCUGACAGGGAGAAGAACCCAUGUGCCGAAACUCCUGUUGAGCCGGUGGACUGGGCCUUCGCUCAGAGGGAGCUGUUGGAGAAACAGGGCAUUGACAUGAAGCAAGAAAUGGAACAGAGGCUGCAGGAGCUGGAAGAUCAGUAUCGCAAAGAAAGAGAAGAGGCCAGCAACCUUCUAGAGCAGCAAAGACUGGAUUAUGAAAGCAAGCUGGAGGCUCUUCGGAAGCAAGUGGACCGUUAUAACCCAGAAGGCCCUGAAGAAGAGGAGGAACCGGAAGAAGAAGUGCAGUGGACGGAGAGGGAAAGAGAGCUGGCUGUGUGGAGUUUCCGUAAAUGGCGAUGCUACCAGUUCACCUCGCUGCGUGAUCUCUUAUGGGGAAACGCCAUCUUCCUGAAGGAGGCUAAUGCGAUCAGUGUCGAACUUAAGAAGAAGGUGCAGUUCCAGUUCGUGUUGCUGACAGACACUCUUUACUCCCCCCUGCCUCCUGACCUGUUGCCCCCAGAGGCAACUAAAGACAGAGAGAAGCGACAAUUCCCACGUACUAUCGUGGCGGUGGAGGUGCAAGAUCAGAAGAAUGGAGCAACUCACUAUUGGACAUUAGAAAAACUAAGGCAGAGGCUAGAUCUGAUGAGAGAAAUGUAUGAUCGUGCUGCUGAUGUGCCCAACAGUACUGUGGAGGAAUGUGAAAAUGUGAUGACGGGAGGUGACCCCUUUUACGAUCGCUUCCCCUGGUUCCGCCUGGUUGGCAGAAAUCCCAUUUUCAAGACAUGCAUGAGCGAGCGCAUGAGUGACCCCACCCCAUCCCCGACCCUUUCCACCUCUGAAAUUACUGAGCUGGCUGACUCGCAGCGGGAGGGUCGCGGGGAGGAGGAGGAGUUGGAGGAUUUGGACGACCUGGACGAUGAUAUCUUUUUGGACGACCCGAGCUCCGAGCUCGGGGUAGAGGAUGAUGAUGAUGAUGAUGAUGAUGAUGAUGAUGAUGAAAGAGAGCUCUGCCGAGGCUCCAGCGAAGGCCUGGAUCCCUUUUACGACCGCUCACCAUUAUUCAGUGUAGUGGGAAGGGCUUUUGUUUAUCUGAGUAAUCUGCUGUACCCGGUUCCUCUCGUCCAUCGCGUGGCCAUUGUCAGUGAGAAGGGAGAGGUAAAGGGCUUCCUUAGGGUGGCAGUACAGGCCAUAUCAGCUGAUGAGGAGGCUCCCGACUACGGCUCCGGAGUGAGGCAGUCGGGCACUGCCAAAAUCUCCUUUGAGGAUCAGCAGUAUGAAAAGUUCCAGUCAGAGUCCUGCUCUGUAGGACUGUCUCGCACUGGGAUUUCUCAGGAGGAGCUUCGGAUCGUGGAGGGAGAAGGGCAGAACGCAGAAAUGGGGCCGUCAGCUGACGAAGUCAACAACAACAACACAUGUGCGGCUGGAUCAGAUGAGGUGGAGAAUCCACUGAAGGCUGGUCUGGAUGGAGCACUCGAUACGACUCUGGAACAUCUCAGGAUCGGUAAUAUUUUUACCUUCAGAGUGACUGUCCUGCAGGCCUCCAGCAUCUCUGCGGAAUAUGCCGACAUCUUCUGCCAGUUCAACUUCAUCCACCGCCAUGAUGAGGCCUUCUCCACUGAACCCCUAAAAAACACAGGCCGCGGCCCUCCUCUCGGUUUCUACCAUGUGCAGAACAUUGCUGUUGAGGUUACUAGAUCAUUCGUGGACUACAUCAAGACUCAGCCAAUUGUGUUUGAAGUCUUUGGCCACUACCAGAAGCAGCCUUUUCUUCCUCUUUGUAAAGAUGUCAUGAGUCCACUACGCCCCUGCAGGAGACAGUUUCCACGAGUGAUGCCUCUCUCCAAACCAGUACCUGCCACCAAACUGACGGCCAUGACCCGUCCACAGGCAGGACCCCGUCACUGUAAAUAUGACCUCAUGGUUUUCUUCGAGAUCUGCGAGCUGGAGGCGAACGGGGACUACAUCCCUGCAGUAGUGGACCACAGAGGAGGAAUGCCCUGCCAUGGCACAUUUCUUCUGCACCAGGGCCUCCAGAGGAGAAUCACUGUUACUAUUGUACAUGAAUCUGGAAAUGACAUAGAAUGGAAGGAAGUCCGUGAGCUUGUUGUGGGACGUCUGCGCAACACGCCCGAAUCUGAUGAGACCAUCAUUGAUCCUAAUAUUCUGUCUCUCAACAUUUUAUCUGUUGGAUAUGUCAGGCCCCUGCACGAUGACAGACAGUUUCUUGAUUCGGACAUGCCUAGAACUUUCUUCCGGUUUGAGGCUGCUUGGGAUAGCUCAAUGCACAACUCCCUGCUCCUAAACCGAGUCACUCCAUACGGGGAGAAGAUCUAUAUGACCCUCUCAGCCUACUUGGAGAUGGAGAACUGCACGCAGCCUGCAGUUAUUACCAAAGAUAUCUGCAUGGUAUUUUACUCUCGGGACACAAAGCUCUCAGCUUCCCGAUCAAUCCGUAACCUUUUCGGUACUGGUAGCCUAAGAGCUGCAGAUGGAAACCGUGUAACUGGAGUUUACGAGGUCAGCCUGUGUCACCAGGCAGAUGCAGGAAGCCCUGGAAUGCAAAGGAGACGCAGGCGGGUGCUGGACACCUCUGUGGCCUACGUCCGUGGGGAAGAGAACCUGGCUGGAUGGAGGCCACGUAGUGACAGCCUCAUUCUGGACCACCAGUGGGAGCUGGAGAAACUCAGCCUCCUCCAAGAUGUGGAGAAAACCAAACAUUACCUCCUUCUGAGGGAGAAACUAGAGUCCACGCUGCUCAUGGGCCAGGAGACUCUUCAAUCCUGUGUCACCGAUGAGCUGAAUGAGUCUCCUCAGCCCGCUGAGAUGGACCCGGAGGUCAGCUGCACUGAAAUCACCACUGAGAGGCAGAGGGAGCUCGCUGCUAAGUGUUUGCGGCUGCUCACUCACUCCUUCAACAGAGAAUACAGCCAUGUGUGUGUGAGCGCCAGUGAAAGCAAGAUCUCUGAGAUGUCCAUCACAACGUUAAGAGAGUCCACUUCAAUCUCUGCUCUUAACACAAUCACCCCCUCCUCUACAUGCCCUUCACUGGUUGAGGGCUGCUACAGCAAUGCUGAACUCAGACCCCCUGUCCCUCGCUCUCGUGUGGUUAGUCCCGGUCCUGAUGCACCACAGGACGUAGAGGCCAAGAAGUCCAUCAACGGAGCCUCUGAAACUAAACCUCAGAUCCGGAAGUUUGUCCCAGAUAUCCAGGAGAUUCGAGUCAGUCCCAUCGUGUCGAAGAAGGGUUACUUGCAUUUCCUGGAGCCACACACCAAUGGAUGGGUGAAGCGCUAUGUUGUCGUGCGGCGGCCGUACGUCUACAUCUACAACACGGAAAGAGACGCAGUGGAGCGAGCUAUUCUCAACCUCUCCUCUGCCCAGGUGGAGUACAGCGAGGACCAGCAGGCAAUGCUGAAGACCCCAAACACAUUUGCUGUGUGCACAGAACAUCGUGGAAUAUUGCUUCAAGCCACAAAUGACAAAGACAUGCAUGACUGGCUGUAUGCUUUUAACCCGCUCCUUGCUGGAACUAUCAGGUCAAAGUUGUCGAGAAGACGAGCCGGACAGAUGAGGAUGUGAAACAAGACUGAUUAAAUGUCAUGAGAGCAACUCAAAGACUAUGAUGUACAUAGAUCCUUGUCUCUAUCCCGUUCCUCGUGCUGAGCCCCGUCCCCACCGCUACAGUCACCAACAAUCAUCUCUCUCCCCUGUACGUUCUCUGUUUAUCACUAGUGUCCUCAGCACCUAAAGCACCCAUUUCCUGUCAGGCCUAUUCUGCGAUGUGAGUCUCUUAGUCUGAAGAACCUCUUCAAAAAACCUGUCACUGUACUGUACUGGAGUUUGUUCAUAGCUGGACGAGAGAAGGAAACGGAGGGAGCAGCAGCAGUUUCUUAUCUCAGAUUACAUGCGUAUAGUAAUGUACUGUAGUUGUUGUCGGUGACACAUCAAGCCUUAUACAUCAGUUCUUUAAAAAAAAAAAAAGCAGUGACAGGCAUGUUUACCUAAAGCUGCAAGGAUCGCGUUGCUACAUUUGCAUCAGUAAAUAGAAAAACUCUUCUACAGCUAUAUAUAAAGGUCUAAACAUGAUUUGCAUACAGCAUACAGCUAGAAAUUACGAAGUGACAGUCACGUGUCUCUCGCUUAAGAAUAUUUCUCUCUUCUUUCUGGUCCAUAAAUCCUGAUAUCCAGUAAGCUGCUUCCUCUUCCUACAACUUCUAGAAACCUUAGCACACACAGCCUGGCACGGGAAUGGCAUCUCAUCAUAAACGUUAUGUCGCUGUAGUAAAUUCAUGUUGUUUUUAGCUACUCGUAGGAGCACUGAGGGUACCUACAUUUCCACAAGAAGUAAUCAGAUGUCACGACAUUAAUUCUCCCAUUUUAAUCUCUACCUGAAUUUUAUUUGUUUUAAAAUGUGAUAUAUUUAGAUAUUUAACAGUUUUAUUAUUUAUUUCUGCAUGUAUUUAUUUGAAAAAAAAUGCAUUUAUAUUUCUAAAGUAGUAGUACAGUGCAAUUUCUGCACACUGCACUUUUUAAUGAGUUCCUUAAAUGUUUAAAUGAUACAACCUUUUCCCCUCGCAAUUAAUAUUACUGAAACAAUGUAAAAACUCACAGCUUCUUUAUGCUGAAAAUUACUUGAAUAAAUACAAUCUGAUACAAGAUUAGCAUAGUCACACCUUAGACCCAGCUAACAUGCAUUUAAAAUGCCCAGUAAUUAGGUAGAUGAUAUAAGUAGGUAGCCAGUUCAUCCUCUGCUGCACAAAGCUACCUUAUUCAAUCAAAAGAAAAAGAUGAAAUCUUCUUCACAGUAAAGAAUAUGAAGCUGUUUUUUUUCCUGAAUGAUAUGUAUAUUGAUUGAAUGUAGUGCCUCUCUUUUCAGGCAUACUGCACGCUACAGUAUGCCUCUGCACCGGUUGCUUUGAAACUACAUCCUUCAUGCUGCUAAAAUACUGUUCUGGGAGUGUCUGCAGGUCAUAUCAUCACUUUCCUGCCUUCCAUCAUCAUCAUCGUCAUUUCAAGUCCAAACAGAAGGUUUCAUUUAUGAUAUCAUAAAGUGUGGAAUUUCCAUAACACAAAGCAUACUCAGAGAAACAUAUUUCAGGAUUUUCACUCAUACAAAUGGCCGUAUUAAAAGGAACCCUGACUCUGGCCAUAUGUAUAGUUUAUUAUAUUAACAUUAAAAUCACUUAAAACUUAAAAGGGGUGCUAAAUAAAUCCACUGUAGAUGUGUUAGUAAUUAAAGAUUUGAACUCGAAUGCUACCCCUGAUACAGCCUUGGUUAGAAACAUUGAACACGUACAAACUGCUGAGCUGACUGAAUGGUCAGAUUUUCACUUUUUCUGUGAACAGUUUCGUGACCUUUGCUUUCAGAGCAGAGGGUUUACUGUCAGCAGCAGCUAUUGUUUCCCAUUUUUCAGGUUUCUUCAAGCUAUUUUAAAUCACUACCAAAAAAUAUUUGGACUCCUAUAAAACGGUUGCUGGAACAGCAUUUAGUUUCAGUCAUCAUUUCCAGCAGUAUUUGUCAGCUUUUUUAGUGAAAUGCAUUAAAUGCAUUAGUGCUGAGAAUGCAGCCACAGGUUCUUUCUCCUUUUCUCAGCAGCAGGAGAUUGAUAAUUAUAUCUCUUGUUUCCUUACUGCUGGAAAUUACAAUCAAAAGUAGCAGUGAUACUGUUUAUGGUUUGUAUACUGCAGGUUGUUAAAAAGAGCAUUUAGUUUAUGUCACUGACCCAGAAUGCAUUGCUUACUAAUAGUACUUGCAGAUAGGUAAAAAUGUGUGUUAAACCUGAAAGACUGUUUAAAACAAUGACAUUUUUCAACAGUUUUGUUGAAUGUUGGCUGUUUAAAGCAUAUUAAGGCCCACAAGUUAAAUAGUCGGGGCUCCUUUUACACAGUUUUAGUCCUGUUGGCAAAUUAUUGAUGAAAAUGCAACCGUGCCUCUCGUUUAAAACCCUCAACAGAUAAAGCGUGUGAGCUGUUGUGAGAAGUUAGACUGGUGAGCAUGCCUCAGGUCAUCCAGCCUAGAGAGCACGCUCAGUGAGAGCAUGACAUGUCAUUUGAGAGUAAGUGAGAGUAAAAUUAAACAUAACUCCAGUUCAGUAUGUUCUUAGUUUGGCUGCUGAUGUAAUACCUUCAUUACGUCUAAUAAGAAGUAUCUUUCCAGAGGUUGUAAAGUAUUCUUGUGUGUUAUGGAAAUCAUCAGUUCAUCGACAGUUGUGACAAAUCAAACAACCAGUACUUUUUUGUAACAAACAGAUUAAAGUGUACUGUAGGCCACCAUAUCUCAAACAUGUUUUUGUCGCAUCUCAUUUCCUGAAAUCCAACAUGGUCAGAAAAACGAAUGCGUGUCCCCGGGUUUGCUCCAGUCUGGUCUCCAUGAUUUUUUUCCUCAUGUUUUUAUUGGCCUUUUAAUGUACAUCACAUUUGAGCCAACCAAAGUUUUGUUGUUGCAGUCACAAAAAUGUCACACUGAAUGUAAACUGAUCUUUGAAAAUACUUAUUCCGCUGAAAUAAUAGUUUUGAAUUGUCUUCACAUUCCGGUUCCUUAUUGAUUGUAGGUAGGUUAAUAUCAGGGAACCUUUUGGAGGCUGUGGGACAUGGCUGAAGCGGUCUGUCCACUAAUGUAUGGGGGGGGGGGUUCACUGUGUCCCAGCUGGGCAUCAUGUACAGAGUACAUGAUGCUGUAGGUUACCUUCCUGUCGAGUGUUCAGUAUCACCAUCAUGCUCUUGGCAGCCUUCACUAAAUCUACUUUUUCUAAACCCUCCCCUUUUCAAGGAACAUCAUUUCCAUUUUUGUGCUUCCAUAUCUUUUUCACACCAUUACUUUUUCUUUCUCUUCAGAUAUUUUUUGCAUUGUAUAUAAACAUGAUUGCUGUGAACACUGUAUUAUAAAGUUGCACCCAUUUACAAAUGGGCCGUAGUUCAGUCAAUGUCUCUGAGUGUUGGAGUUUUAGCAUCAGCUGUUUGUGUACACUAAACACAUUGUCAUAUAUGAAAUAAACAUGGAAA